GCUACGGGUGUGCAUUAGGUCAGACAUUGAAAGUGGGGAAAUGGUUAUUGGUAAUCCCCCAGGUUAAACCGUGGAGGGAUAUAUCCCCAUCAAACAGGUCAAACAGUGGGGGGAAUAUCACCAUCAAACAGGUCAAACCGUGGAGGGAUAUAUCACCAUCAAACAGGUCAAACAGUGGAGGGAUAUAUCACCAUCAAACAGGUCAAACAGUGGAGGAUAUAUCACCAUCAAACAGGUCAAACAGUGGAGGCAUAUAUCCCCAUCAAACAGGUCAAACAGUGGAGGGAUAUCCCCCCGGACAUGUAAAUGUAUUGAACCUUUACAUGACAAUUGUUUGGGAGCUCAACAGACAUUGCUGGAUCGAUUCUCUCGGUACAUUAUCUGCAGCAGCAUGUCGAGGAUUUCGCGCAAUGGCGAGCGCCUCCUGGACUCGGAGUCCUUGUACCCUUGGUACAGCAGGGAGGCCGACCAAGAGCUGCAGGAAGGAGAGGGCUCAUCAAGGCCCGUCCAGGCCGAACACAAAGCCGAGGCUAAGCCUCCCCGUUGGCCGUGGUUCAUUUGGUUUCUCCUGAAGCUGCUCGGCCUAUACAACCGCCGGCCCGCUGUGGCCAGGCGGCGUCGCUGCCUGCAGUGCCGCUUGACCGCAGUCGAGAUGCGCUGCGUCAUUAGAGGGAAAGGGGUACCGGGGUACCUGUACCCGGGGGCCAGCUCUUGGGAGGAUGAGGAGGAGGGACCAGAGGACAGCGGGCCUGGCACCCUGGAAACUCAGUUCACGAUCAAUGGAGACGGGGGGAGCGAGGACAGUGAGUUGGGGUUCGUGGUGCCUGAAGACCCGUGCUUGGUGUGCCAAAGCGAAUGGUGGGACGCCUACGGAAGACACAGACCUUACACAGAAGCUGAUAUAGGUGUGUCCAAAUGGAACCACUACGGAAGUCCUGCCCUCUCCGUGAUUUGGCAAGUCCUUAUCCUUGCCAUCAACAUGGUCCAUUACUUCUCCUACUUUGCAAAAUAUUGGGGUGAAGCUGAAAGGAGAUUUGACCUGGUCAUCUACUCGGGCUUCGUGCUAUUCGUCGUCUCCGUCCCGGCCCUUUGCCUGGUCGCCAAUAUCAUCAACAUGCUCCCCAGUUGGCGGAACAAGAGCCGGAGUUACGCCUGGUCCAACGCUCUCAGCAUCCGGUACAUCGUAAAGCGGUUGCAGCACCUGAAAUUGACGGAGCAAGGACUGCCCUAUAAGGCUUUCCUGCUGGUGUGCCUCGCCUGGCCGCUCGGUAACAGCAUUGGGAGGGUUGCGUUGUUUCACGACGUAUCGCAUACGAUCGUCCACAUCUCUCUUGCGUCCUGCACCGUCACCAUGGAGAUCUGGGGAGCGUUCUGUUACAUCGUUGUGCUGAUGCGGCUCUCGUUCCAGAGUCAGUUUGAGGUGGAAUUGGCGUUCCUCCGAAAGCACAGCGACGCCAUGGACCGAUGUCGUCGCCGGCUGACUCUCCUCAUGGAGGAGUUCGGCAGCUUGGGCAGCCUCGCGACCUUGUGGGUCAUGUUCACUAUCGCUGUGGCCACGUGGUCGAUCGCCACCCAGGUCUACUUCGAUUACGCUGUCAACAGCAUGCACAACAAGACGAUACCGAUGUUCAACACCAGUCGAGACCUCGACCCAGUGAUCUGGUCCGAGAUCAUGAUGUUCCUGCUCUUGCCGCUGAUGGCGGUGGGCGGGCUGGACUUGAACAGACUGUGGAUCAGCUUCAAGCGGCACAUCGGCGAGAUGCGACUCAUUCCGGGACGAAGCUACGACGCCUUCUGCGACAAGAUCUUGGCCUACUGCAACGAGCACCCGCCCGUCAGGAGCAUCGAGACGGUCACGCUGCUGGUGUCCGCUCUCGGUCUUUGCCUCGCAGUCGAAUUCAAAGAGAUAGAACAGUUUGAAUUCCACCACUCCAAUCAUCUUUGACAUUUUAUUACAACAAGAUGCAUGUACGUCAAAAAGACAGCGUUAUUAUAUGAACCCAAUUGUUUACCACGAGUCUCGAGCAAAUUACUUCGACAGUGUCUUCCAUCAUGUUCUGUAGAUCUCUAAAGGAAUGCUGAAUAUACAUUUUUAUUAAUUUUGAACAUUUUAGCCUUGUAAAUAUUGCUUUCGUCGAGUAUAAUUUUGUCGAUACAUUACACUUCGAAUAGUGUGUCCUUUUGUCUGGCACCGCUAUAGUUUCGGGACACAUCUAUUUGGUUACAAUCUCAACUGAGCUUAUUCUCAUCUUCUCAACGUUAAUUCUCAAACACAAGAGAAAAAUGAUACCACCAUUAUGAAAUGUUGCGACGGAUAAAACCAAUGCACUUUUUCUGUAUAAACGGGGAGGGCGUCAUUAACUUUCAAGGAGCCGGGUUAUUUUGGCCCACCUAACAGGCGGGGGGCGGGGCGGAUUCCGCCUUUUUAAAGAACUCGGCUGUGCCACGUUUGAUUUUUUUUAAUCAGGGCAUGCUUGUUAAGACACUUCUUAUCAUUAAACAAAUGUGAAGGUUUUAAUCCAAUAAGAUAUAUUUUUUUGGUUACAGUCAUUUAUGUAUAGUGGAAAAAAUAAACAUUGUUGGCUGACCUCUCUCGUAAAAAAAAGCGCUGCCCAACAGCAGUUGGUUCGAUUUUCACAAAAUUGGAGUCAACUUAAGUGACCCCAAAGAAUUACUCUAAAAACUCCCAAAAGGCUCAGCCACUGAAGAAUAACACUGCGGCAUGAUUGGAAAAGAUUGUGAGGGAUGGGGCGGAUUCCGCCCCGGCCGCAGUCUUUUAGAGUUAGACAUAGAACCAACCGUGAGUUGGAAUAGACAGUGUUAUAAUGUAAACAAUAAGUAGUGCAGCUCAGGGCAUGCAAAAUAUUUGUAGAUUUAUAUAAAUUAUGUGUUUUAAUUUUGCACAGAAUUAUGGCGAUAUAGGGAUGAUUUUUAAAUCAUUUGUACAUAAAAUGGAAAGUAAAUCUCAAUUUUUUAAAAUUUCAUAUCAGAUGCAGCUUAAGAGAUUAAUUAAACUAAAAGAACAAAGAGAAUGGGCGAAUUACAAUAGUGUGCUUCCAAGAGUUUGCAACACGUUGGCCAAUCACAAUGCACGAAAUCUGUCGACCCUUUCCGAAAGCGUAUUGGGUCGACAGAUUUUGCGCCUUGUGAUUGGCCAACGCGUUGCGAACUCAUUGGAGGCGCACUAUUGUGAAAAGCCCGAGUUGGCAGAACGCCGAUCGAGCUGCACAGCACCAUUUCAACUUCAAAAUAAAACCCGAUUCAUUUCUGUACCUUUGAAUAUUACACGUAAAAUAUUGUACCAUGCAGUGAUAAAAUUAUGAGCUUAGGAAAGGAAAACAGAUCUGCUCGUGUUGUGUAGACAAGAAGUCAUUCUUGUAGUUUUGUCAUGCAAAUACAAGAGCAAUAAUUUCUACGUUUUUAUGUCACCUCGAUUUCUUUAUAUUUUUCCAAUAAAAUUAUCGUACGAACAUGU